AUGUCAACACCAACAACCAACAAGCGACGACGCAUCGAAUCCCCUGUUCAUUAUGGACCCUACGACACAGAAGACCUACCACAAAACAGAGAUCUCGCGGAUCAAUCUUGGACACGACAUGAAAGCAGUCCAACUGAAGCGCAGAUCACCGCGAUCGUCGAUAAGCUCGACGAGUCAGAAGUACGGAAGUUUAUGACAAAGCCCAUCGAAGAUAUGGACGAGUCGGAUGUAUGGGAGCUCUUGAUCAAUACUGCAGUCUCUAAUGAGCUCGUCUAUAUCGAUCUAAAUCUUGAUAUUGAAAUGCACGUACAGGAGGUCGACUAUAUCAUCAACGAACAAUACGCCGGGUUGAGUGAACGGAGGCAGUACGACAAAGCAGGGGAGGCAGCCGAACUGGUCGAAACGGAGAUUGCAAAGAUUGCGCGACGCGUCACCAAGAAGAGUCGAUACACAACAAAGCUCAGCGCUAUACUUGGAUUAUGUCGAAUUGGAUCUGUUGUCGCCAGGGCCGGUAGUUCUGUCGGUGCCGAAGUUCGCAACCAGAUUGGUAACGAUGAUAUAUUAGUACGCACCAUGCUGAGUAUCGCAGACCUCAUGACAAUCGAGGAGAAGGCAGCCUUGAACAACGACGAUACGAAAGCUCUUACGGCAUUCGACAGAGAGCGAAAGGAUCACGCUAUCUUCCACAACUUCAACAAGAUUCUCGACGCUUUCAAAAGCUCCUUCAGGCUUACAUAUUGA